AAUCCCAGAUACAAUCAUUCAGCAGAGAAAGACGCGUAGCUGAUGGGAACCUCCUCGUUGUGUGUUUUAUGGCUGGUUCUGCGCUCAUGGUGCUCGCCUGGACGUAUUGAUAAAAUGACAAUGGCACACAUACAUCUCGAUAUGAUUGCCCUUGACGGCCUUGUCCAAUCCCGGCUGGAUCGUAUCAAACAGCUCGAAUCAGAGAUUGCGCGCCUCCGUGUAGAACUUGACAACAUCAGCCCCACCCUCGACAAGUAUCACUCUUUCCAUGCGCCUAUGCGCCGCCUCCCGCCAGAAGUGCUUCUAUCUGUAUUCCGCCACAUCGAACCAGGUCCAAGGCCGGAUAAACGUGCGACACCGUGGGUUCUCACAGAAGUCUGUGCAUCGUGGCGUGAGCUGGUCAUGAAUACGCCGACGUUAUGGUCGACGAUAAGGAUGGACUGUCGGCAC